AAUUGUGUCCAAUGAAGGGGAAACUAUUUUGACAUGUUGUUGUUUUGCUGUUACCCACAAAGGUGUUAUCGCGUCUUUGUCGUAAUGAUAUAGAGUUUGAAGCUGAUUGAACUUCGUAAGAAGAGAAAAAAUGCGAUAUUUGGUGGGACAUUUUUAAAAUUGUGACAGUGAAAUCUUUAUUACAAGCUGACAUAAGUUUUAUCUUCUUUUGAUGUGGUUCAGGGGAAGUCCAAGCAGUGUCUUCUUAUUUUAUUGACACAUGAGGAGGAUUAAUCGUUUAAUUUUAAUAUUUCUUCGUAAAAACAGAUGUAAAAUUACAAGAUCGAUAUUCAGUUAACUAAAGGAAUGUCUACAACAACACAUAACAAGUCACAGUCGAAUUCACAGACCUGCGACCUACCACAAGAAGUUAUUUCAUAUAUAUUCAGGUUUCUGGAACCCGUUGAUAUCAGAUCAGCAUCUCUAGUUUGCCAUUUAUGGGCAAAAGCAUCAGAAGACCCGUUACUAUGGAAACAUACUGUGUUCGUCCUAUUUACAAAAUCUGAAGCAUUCUCAGACUACCUGCUUGAUAGUCUCAAGCGACGACGAGUCCAACAUGUCCAAAUGAGGCAUACAGUUACAUUGCCACAGGUAGUGCAAGUUUGUAAACGAUUAGCGGAAAACUUGAGUACCUUGUCACUCCAAGGGUGYCGUUGUGUCAAUGAYGCACUAAUAGAGUUAGUACUAAAAUGUUGUACUCAUUUAACUGCUAUCAAUCUCGGAAGAUGUCGACAAUUAGAUGUAAGUAAAAAGACCCUCUGGUUUGAAAGAUGCAAUGGCAGUCUUAAAAGCGUGACAGUUCUUGAUAUCAGCUGCUGCAAAGGACUAAGCGAUUGGACGYUAUCUCAAAUCCCUGUGUAUUUAACCCUCCUUGAAAGUCUUAGCAUCUCGGGAUGCAAGGAGGUCUCUUUACRCACUUGGACUAACCUUGCAGCAAGGCUUACUUCACUUAGAAAUUUAGAUAUAAGCCGUUCUGAUAUAUCUGAUGAUAUUCUACUUCAGUUUUCACAAGUUCCAUCCCUUAAUCUCAAGUCUAUAAACUUGUCAGCUUGUAAACAACUCACAGACAAUGGUGUUGUAUCAUUGGUUAAAAACCAAACAGGGCUGCAGAACUUAAAGCUGUCUUGUUUAGAUAUAACAAACACUAGUGUGCUUGCCAUAGGGAAAUACUUGGUUGAAUUAAAGUCCUUGGAUUUAAACAGCUGUCGGCAGAUUACAGACUAUGCACUAAUGAGCAGUAGGGCACUCCUAAGAACACUUCAAUUGAUUAAUUUGUAUUCGUGUUAUCAACUGACAAGCAAAGGGUUGCAGAACUUCUUCUCCAUGCCCAAGGAUGGAGUUUCGGAUGCUUUGUCAUUUCCUCUGGAGACAUUGAUUUUGAAUGGCUGUAGCCUAGCAACCGAUGCUAUGAUUAAAAAGUGCUGUCAAGUGUUAAUUAAUCUCCAAGAGCUGGACAUWAGCUCCUGUCUCCACAUUACAGACACAGGACUUCAAUCAAUAACAAAUUCCUUAACAGGACUGAAAGUCUUGAAGAUAAGUUGGUGUGCAAACAUUACUGAUGCUGGUCUGCUGGGAAUGUCAGAUAGCAGUAACCUUGGUGAUGGUCACCAUGGAAACAGUGAYGAUGGUAAAAGUUUCCAUGGCAACAGUAACCAUGGCAACAGUAGCCAUKACAACAGUAAYCAUGACAACAGUAACCAUGACAACAGUAACCCAGCUAACAGUUACCAUGGAUUUAACAGUGUAACUGGUAUAGCAAGGCUGGCUAAUCUUACAUUGCUUGAUGUUAGUCAUUGCACCAGUAUUACAGAUGAUGGCAUGGCGAGUGUUUACACUCUUAAAAAUCUUAAAUCAUUGAACUUGAAUAUGUGUAUGGAGAUUACUGAUGUCACUCUUGUAAGGAUUGCAAAUCACAUGACCAUGCUACAGUCCCUAUCCUUAAAUGGAUGCAAUCUUAUUACUGAUACUGGACUUGUUGCCRURGCAAAAAGCCUUAACCAUCUACACAACUUGGAUGUUUCGAAAUGCGAUCACAUCACUGAUCUCUCUAUUUAUACCCUUGCAAARUAUGCAAAAAAMUUGGUGCAUCUAGAUCUUAGUAUGUGCUGCCAGAUCACGAGUUAUUGUAUUGAUGAACUAGAAGCCAAUGUCCCAGGGCUGGUUUCUCUGCAAUUAAUGUAUUCAGGGGCUAAUGCAAAGUAUUUAUGAGAUGUCUAAUCAUAGUGGGGGGAGGGGGAGGGGGCUGAAGAAGGUUGAAUUAUAGGCCAAAUUUCAUUGGUGCAACUUGUGUCGACAACUUGGUACAUCUAGAGUAAGAAAACGACAUUUGCAUCAUAUGCAAAUUUGCAUCAUUAUGUUUUUGAUAACAUAUUCAGUUUCACAGCUACAUUUCUACGAAAUUAUUAAAAAAAGAUCAUUUUGUAAAGUAAUGCCUUAUCUGUCGCCCAUGUCCCAGAAACUAAUUAUUUUUUUAUGCACGAGCAUAAUAAGAUUGAGAUUCGUAUUUCCAAGAAAUAGGGGUAAAAAUUCCAAUAGGCAUCCAAUAGUCAAUGUACAGCGGCAAAGCAUUGAUGGCAGAUGCAGUUUUUGUACUUUUUAUCAGCCUGUUGAAGUAGUCCCUAGAAGUUGUCUUUUUCUUUGCUUUUAAGAAAACGCGAAAUAGCUUUAAUGGAACUCACAUUUUCCUCUUGUCCCUAUUUUAGUCGCAAUAAUUUUGACUUUUGCGUGGCUUCAAGUUAGUAUAAUUUGUGGUAAUGCGGGAGCAAUCUAUUUCUUCAUGGUCACUGGAGCUGGAUUGUCAAACAAAAUUAAAACUAAAGAAAGCUUAAAGCUAUUAAAGCAUUUAGUUCCAAUGUUUUUGAAAGUUUGRUUUCCUUAAUUUGACAAAUUGUACUUAGUACACAAAUUAUUAAAUAAAUAAAAGAAAGUAGUUAAUAGA